AUGGAUGCCAUAUUCACUGAAUAUAUAGGAGUGAGGAAAAUGCUCCUAUACCGUAACAAUCUACCCCAGCGGCAGCCCCAGUAUCGGACAUCAACUCGGGCCUCUAUUGAAGCAAUGCCGGAAAAUGAGGAGGAUAUAAUUAAGAAAGUUCUACAAACCCAAGAAGAAGCAUGCGAACCGAAAGCUGCUGAUGUUGCGACCUACGUCAACUACCCAGUAUAUUUGGAUUAUUCUCAGGGGCGAUGGGAAGAGGCGGUGGAAAAACAGCUCGAAACUGUGAGAAAUUCCACACCAGCACAGAGGAUUCCCAGUGCCGUUAAAAUCCACCAACGCCAUAUUCUUGGCAUACUCCAGCUUGCCACGGAAGACAAUACGUAG